GCAUUCGAUGUUGUUUCCACACGGCCAGAUUUGUGAGUGAACUCCCCUGCCCUCACCGGAAGAAACUGUUUACUAAAGUGCAUAAUUAAGACCCACAGAAAGAUGGCACCUAAUCUUCGUGUUCGGCUGCUUAGGAACCUGAUGCGGCUUGGGUCGUUUAUUCUUACUCGCUUCCCAUUUUGGAACUGUUUCAGUAUGCUGAUGCUGUUUGCUGAGCGGGCUGAAGCUAGAAGAAAACCUGACAUCCCGAUCCCAUACCUGUAUUUUGAUAUGGGUAUUGCAGUGCUUUGUGCCAGUUUCAUGUCCUUUGGAGUAAAGCGUAGGUGGUUUGCCUUGGGAGCUGCUUUCCAGUUAACAGUCAGUACCUAUGCUGCCUACAUUGGAGGUUAUGUGCGCUAUGGUGAUUGGCUAAAGGUGCGCAUGUAUUCCAGGACAUUUGCCAUCAUAGGCGGGUUUCUGAUCCUUGCUAGUGGUGCUGGAGAGAUCUACCGUCAGAAGCCCAGAACGAGGUUGCUUCAGUCUGUUGGGCAGAUUUUCGUGGGCAUCUAUCUGAUAUGUGUGGCCUGGGCACUGCAACACAGCAAUGAGGAUCGCGUAGCUUACCUGAAUUACAUUGUGGAUCAGGAAAUUGCACUCCAGUUACUGUUCAUCGUCUAUGGCCUGCUGGCACUCUCUUUCUUGUCAGGAUAUUAUGUACGGACUGCUGCACAAGUCCUGGCUGUCCUUAUGCCUCUGGCAAUUCUUUUUAUUGAUUGCAACAUUGGGUACUGGCAUGACUCACGGCGUGUAGAAUUCUGGAACCAGUUGAAACUGAUAGGACAAAAUGUGGGUAUCUUUGGUGCUGUUCUGGUUUUAGCUACAGAUGGUUAAUGGACGCUUCAGAGUUGUGCAUAACUCCUGUGACCAAACUUAAAUCACUGGUGAUGAGGAUGUGUAGGAUGUUUGAAGGACUUUUUUAAUACCAUUGGAUGGUAGCAAGAAUGGAUUUUAGAAUGUCAGUUGUGGUCUCUAUGGAUAUCACUGCACUUACUGUUUACCACUACGGUGUCUGAAACUGUGGUAUUUUAGCUUUACUGAAAGGCACUAAGGCUUCUGAGACAUUUCCCCUCCUGCAGUUAGAAUGUAAUGUAUUUAAAUCACUGGCUGGCACCUGCUGCCUGUAUGGAGUAGAAAAAUGAUUGCCAAAGUAAAAAUUGUUACUCAAAUUACCUUCUAGAUUAUGGCUAAAGUGAGGAGGGUUGUUGGGAUUCCUAAAAGAGUGCUUCUCUUAUGGAGUGUAUCCAUGCUGACAUUUCCUGCAUGUAACAGGAAACAACAGCAGAGAAUCAGUGAUGCAAUGUGGAGGGAUAGCGAGACAGGCUGCUGUUUUACAUUUCCACAUUUUGUACAGUCUUAUUUAUCUUGAAGGAAAAAUCACCACUUUGAAAGUUUACCUUGCCUUUUGAUGGUAGCAGCCUUUGCAGAAGACCUGGGCUUUCUGGAUUUUGUUGAAGACUUUGAGCAAAAGAAUGGUUAAUCUAGAAGUAUAAUCUUGUACAUGUGCAGUUUAAUACAAGUCAUUGCACUUUUACCUUUUGUUGCUUUUGUCUGUCCAUUAAGCUCUUUCGUUCAGUUUUAGCGUUCUUUCAUAUUAACUUAUUGAAAGCAAAUUUCACAUGUUCAUUUACAUUAGAACCCUUUUGCUUCUCUAAAACUGAGUGAAUAAAGCCCAGGGAAAUUAGUAGUGCAUAUGUUUUAGAGACCAACCGCAUGAGGAGUUAUCGAGUAAUGUUUGUUACUUUAUUUGUCAAGUGGUUAGUUUUGGAAAGGGGCAUCUACAAGGUAUUUUGGAGUAACAUUUUAUUUAAUUUGUCAACUGAUUAGUGAAAAGAUCCUUCUCAGACUCUUUUUCAGAUGUAACCCAGGCCAUGAGGGUAAGGGUAAGUACAUAUGUAUGUUUAUGGCCACUUUAGUGUGGUCAGUCAACCAGCAUGUUUUCAUGAGUUGACAGAAAUCCCGAGAAGACUCACUGUGAUACUGGGUAAAUGUGCAGACUCCACACAGUCAAUAAUGGAACAGCACUAGUUUGUUGCUUGGUUGAGAAAUAAAACUUUCACUUGGAUUUUUU